UAAAAAAGUCUGUCCUUAAUUGUCUGAAAAAUAAAAUCCAAAGGAAAACAGUUAUCCAAUAAAAUGUAUAUGACUUUUUCCAAAUUUUCUUGAUAAAAGCGAGGAUGAAAUAGUUUGAUAACUUUACCUACUAAACUAAUUAUGGUGCCUUCUUUGUGUUAAAGGAUUCUGAGAGUAGAAAUUCAAAUAUCUCCCAAAAUAGGAUGGUUCUUGGUACCAAUUAACUAUCAAUUUAUCCUUCUUUUUCAUAAUCGUCAAAUCUAAAAAACUGAUUUUAUCAUUUAAGCCCACCUCUAUCAUAAAUUUGAUUCUUGUGUGAAAAGAAUUGAAAAUAUUAGUCACUAUUUCAUACGAAUCCUCUAGUACUAAUAAAAUGUCAUCUACAUAACGGAAAUAAAACGGAAUGUUAAACGGUAAUUUUUCAAUAGCUAGUUUCUCAAUAUCUUGUAAGGUAAUAUUCCCAAUAAUGAGAGAGAGUGGUGAACCCAUAGGAGUACCGAAGGUCUCUUUGUAAUAACAGUUAUCAAAUUUGAAAAAAGUCGAAGAUAACACAAAUUGUAUGCUUCUCAUAAACUCAUAUUGAGUAAUGCAGAUGUUGUCUUUUAUGUACUCCCAUCUUUUUGUUAAACUAGAAAUAACCAAGUCUAUUGGUAUAUUAGCGAACAAAGAGACCACAAGUGAAACUAAUUUAUAGUUUGGUUCCAAUCUUAUGCAAUUCAAUCUAUUCACUAAUUCAAAACUAUUGGUAACAUGAGAAUUAGGUUUCGGGAUACUAUUAUAUAUUAACUUGUGAAGAAAGUUGGCUAAAUUAUAGAGUGGGCUAUUUAUGGAGGAAAUAAUGUUUCUCAGUGGACAGUCAGAUUUAUGCACUUUCGGCAGACCAUAAGCUCGAGCUUUUCGAACAAGUCAAAGCCGAAAGAGGAAUGGCAGCGCUUGAGAAAACAAUAACAGUCGUCAGCGGAGAUGUGUCACAGCUAGGACUUGGAUUAUCCCCAGAGGAUAGAAAGAUGCUUUGCGAGAAUGUCAACAUCGUGUAUCACGGGGCAGCCACUGUCAGAUUUGACGAAUUGUUGAAGACAGCCGUGUUGCUAAAUACACGUGGUACGAAACAAAUGCUGGAACUGGCUAAAGAAAUGAAAAAUUUACUUUUAUUCGUUCAUAUCAGCACGGCUUAUUGCCAUCUCGAAGAAAAAGUUUUAUACGAGAAAACGUAUCCUCCGCCAGCGGAUCCUCAUAAAGUAAUCAAAUGCGUCGAAUGGAUGGAUGAUGAUGUAGUCGAGGCCAUGACGGACAAGAUCUUGGGCAAGCUACCUAAUACAUACGCUUUCACGAAAGCCUUGUCGGAAGGUCUCGUCGAAGAGUCUAUGGCGCAUAUCCCAGCGAUGAUUUUGAGGCCAAGCGUAGUUAUUCCUGUCUGGAAGGAUCCACUUCCCGGUUGGACGGACAAUAUCAAUGGACCGACUGGUCUCUUAAUAGGCGCCGGCAAGGGAGUAAUCAGAACGAUGUAUUGUAACGAAAACGGUUACGCUGAUUAUCUUCCCGCCGAUAUCGCGGUCAAUGCUAUUCUUCUUUGCACGUGCAAUUUUAUUUAUUUCAAGGAUGAGAAACGGGUUUAUAAUCUUACGAGUAGUAGCGAGUUCAAGGUACCUUGGACGGAAAUAAUAGAACGCGGCCGAAAAAUAACACAACGAGUACCUCUCAACGGAAUCUUGUGGUAUCCAGGUGGUAGUAUGAAGAAGUCGCGACUCUUGCAUAAUAUUUGUGUCUUACUCUUCCACAUGAUUCCGGCUUAUUUUAUUGACGCGCUUCUCUUUUUGCUUGGCUAUAAACCAAUCAUGUGCCGUAUCCAUCGUCGUAUAAACAAAGGUUUCGAAGUUUUCGAAUAUUACGCCAAUAGACAAUGGGACUUUGAUAAUUCGUCUGUCAUCGAUGCGAGGAGAAAAAUGAAUAGCAUAGAAUAUAAAAAAUAUCAAGUGCACGGCGAUGACAUGGACAAAGACGAAUACUUCGAAGCUUGCAUUCGAGCUGCAAGAAUUUAUAUUCUAAACGAAACUCCAGACACUCUACCGGCCGCUCGCCGACAUUUGAGAGUUAUGUACUGGGUAGACGUAUUUACGAAAAUCUUUUUCUUUCUGCUCCUUAUAUAUGUGUUGGCAUCCUGGAGUGAAAGUUUUAGAACAUUGCUCACAGAUAGUGCGACAUACGUUUUAAAAACGAUAAUGAAGUAAUAUUUUAUAUAAUUUAAUCAAAUGAAGAAGUUUUUUCGUCGAUCGUGCAAAGAUUUUAUAUCUAUUAUAUCAAAGAAUUUAAAUUUUCAUUUAAUAUCAAUAUGAAACGAUUAAGUAUAUCUCUCUUAGUAUAUUUUAUAGUGUAUACACACUACAACUGUGUUCAUUAGAUAUGGACAAAAUAAAAAGUGGAUAAAGGCAUUAUUUACACUAA